UUUAGGACCCAGCACCUCAGUCUGGGCCUAAACCGCCCUCCCUCCUGCAGGAGCCAGCGCAGACACUAGCGCAGCGCAGUGCUGCCGCUCAGCUGAUGCACCCACAGCAGACCGAGCUCGGCUCUUUUCUCCCCCCUCCUUUGCUCAGCUGUUUUCCUCUGGUCCGUUGGUCGGAGGGCUGGAUCGGCACCGUCUGUCCCUCAGGGAAUUUCUGACAGAGCAAAAAGCUCCUGUUGGCCUUCAUUUGGCGGCGGCGGCGGCAGCAGCAGAGAGGACAGACAGGGAGUUUUGAGAGCUCAGACUGUGCUGUGAGGCUCAGGAGGGAGAGAUGGUGUGAUUCUGUAAAGAGAAAGAGAGAGGAAGAGGGAGACGCUCCAGGAGCAUCACCGAACCCCCCUCCCUCCCCUCUCCUAGACCCCCUUCUGUCUGGCAACAGCUCCCUCUGACAAAACAGGCGGUUUGGGGGGCGACUCGGCGACCGGGAAACAUGUCACAGACCAGGAGGAACGUGUACACCAGGACCACCAGCAGCGGCAGCAGCAGGAUGAGCUCGGACGGGGGCGGCCGGCCCGUCAAAGUGGGCUCCCUGGUGGAGGUGAUCGGGAAGGGGCAGCGCGGCACGGUGGCCUACAUCGGCAACACGCUCUUUGCCUCCGGAAAAUGGGUGGGCGUCAUCCUGGACGAGGCCAAGGGCAAGAACGACGGCACCGUGCAGGGCAAGCGCUACUUCACCUGCGAGGAGAGUCAUGGGAUAUUUGUGAGACAAUCACAGAUCCAGCUGGUUGACGAUGGGGCAGACACGACGUCUCCAGAGACGCCCGAGCCCGGCUCUGGAAAGGUUCCCAAACGAGAGAUCCUGGAGACGCCCAAGUCCACUAAACUGCGAGGAGUGAAGCCCAAAAAGACUCCUGCACCCCGGAAGACCACGGCCAGAAGGCCCAAGCAGCCCAGCCGGCCUGCAGGCGGCGGCGGGAAGGGGGCGGCGUCCGGCUCGGCCUCGGCCUCUGCUGGGGAGAUGAGCAGCAGCGAGCCCAGCACGCCGGCACAGACCCCUCUGGCCGCUCCGGUCAUCCCGACCCUCCACUCCCCUGGAAACCCUCCGGCGCCCGUCCCCAGCAAGGAGGACGUCACCAUGGAAACACAGGAGGAGGAGGCGCUGCGUGGUCAGGUGAAGGACCUGGAGGAGAAGCUGGAGACUCUGAAGAUGAAACGGACGGAGGACAAGGCCAAGCUGAAGGAGCUGGAGAAGCACAAGAUCCAGCUGGAGCAGCUGCAGGAGUGGAAAACCAAGAUGCAGGAGCAGCAGGCCGAGCUGCAGAAACAACUCAAAGAGGCCAAGAGGGAGGCGAAAGAGGCCCUGGAGGCGAAGGAGCAUUACGUGGAGGAGAUGUCGGACACAGCGGACGCCAUCGAGAUGGCCACGCUGGAUAAGGAGAUGGCGGAGGAGAGGGCCGAGUCUCUGCAGCUGGAGGUCGACUCCCUCAAGGAGAAGGUGGACGAGCUCACCAUGGACCUGGAGAUCCUCAAGCAUGAGAUUGAGGAGAAAGGUUCAGAUGGUGCUGCUUCCAGUUACCACGUCAAACAGCUGGAGGAGCAGAAUGGCAGACUGAAGGAAGCGCUUGUCAGGAUGCGUGACCUGUCGGCGUCAGAGAAGCAGGAACACGUGAAGUUGCAGAAGCAGAUGGAGAAGAAGAACGUGGAGCUGGACACUCUGAGGAGUCAGAAAGAAAAACUGCAGGAAGAGAUGACGGCGGCAGAGAAGACCAUCGACGAGCUGAAAGAGCAGGUGGAUGCAGCCUUGGGGGCGGAGGAGAUGGUGGAGAUGCUGACAGAGAGGAACCUGGACCUGGAGGAGAAAGUCAGGGAGCUGAGAGAGACCGUCACUGACCUGGAAGCUAUAAAUGAGAUGAACGACGAGCUACAGGAGAACGCCAGAGAGACGGAGUUGGAGCUGAGGGAGAUGUUGGAUCUGGGCGCCGCGAGGGUCCGAGAGGCCGAGAAACGUGUUGAAGCUGCACAGGAGACUGUAGCCGACUACCAGCAGACCAUCAAGAAAUACCGCGAGCUCACAGCUCACCUGCAGGAGGUGAACAGAGAGCUGACCAGUCAGCAGGAAGCUUCAGCAGAGCUGCAGCAGCAGCCGCCGGCAGAGAUGUUCGAUUUCAAGAUUAAGUUUGCAGAGACGAAGGCGUAUGCCAAGGCCAUUGAGAUGGAGCUGAGGAAGAUGGAGGUGGGGCAGGCCAACAGACACGUUUCUCUGCUGACCUCCUUCAUGCCCGAGUCCUUCCUUCGUCACGGCGGAGACCACGACUGCAUCCUGGUGCUGCUGCUCAUCCCCAGGCUCAUCUGCAAGGCCGAGCUGAUCAGCAAACAGGCCCAGGAGAAGUUCGACCUGAACGAGAACUGUGUGGAGCGAGCGGGGCUGAAGGGAGCCGCCGGGGAGCAGCUGAGCUUCGCUGGCGGUCUGGUCUACUCGCUCAGUCUGCUGCAGGCCACGCUGCACAAAUACGAGCAGGCCCUGGCUCAGUGCGGUGUGGACGUCUACAAGAAGAUCGGCUCUCUGUACCCGGAGAUGAGCGUCCAUGAACGUUCUCUGGAUUUCCUCAUCGACCUGCUGCACAAAGACCAGCUGGAUGAGACCGUCAACGUGGAGCCGCUCACUAAGGCCAUUAAAUACUAUCAGCACCUGUACAGUAUCCACCUGGUGGAUCAGAACGAGGACUGCACCAUGCAGCUGGCUGAUCACAUCAGGUUUACCCAGAGUGCCUUGGACUGCAUGGCGGUGGAGGUCGGUCGCCUGCGGGCCUUCCUGCACACGGGUCAGGAGAAGGCCGACCUCGCCGUCCUGCUGAAGGACCUGGAGACGUCCUGCAGCGACAUCCGACAGUUCUGCAAGAAGAUUCGCCGCAGGAUGCCAGGAACGGACGCACCAGGCAUCCCGGCGGCGCUCAGCUUUGGACAACAGGUGUCAGACACCCUCUCAGACUGUAGGAAACACCUGACUUGGGUGGUGGCCGUGCUGCAGGAAGUGGCAGCUGCUGGAGCUCAGAUGAUGUCGCCUCUCGGUGAACAGGAGGGGCUGUCGGCCGUCAAACUGGAGGAUGUGGCCUUCAAGGCAGCAGAGCAGAUUUAUGGAUCGCAGGGCGCCAACCUCUAUGAGUGUCUGCGCCAGUCCUGUAGCAUCGUCAUCGCAACCAUGAACAAGAUGGCCACCGCCAUGCAGGAGGGAGAAUACGAUGCCGAGAAGCCUCAGAACAAGAACCCUCCACCUGUGGAUGUGCGAGCGGCGGCUCUCCGGGCUGAAAUCACCGACGCUGAAGGUCUCGGCUUGAAGCUGGAGGACAGGGAGACGGUCAUCAAAGAGCUGAAGAAGUCUCUGAAGAUCAAGGGCGAGGAGCUGAGCGAGGCGAACGUCCGCCUCAGUCUGCUGGAGAAGAAGCUGGACAGUUCAUCCAAAGACGCAGACGAGCGUGUGGAAAAGAUUCAGACCCGACUGGACGAGGCUCAGACGCUGCUGAAGAAGAAGGAGAAGGAGUUUGAGGAGACGAUGGACGCCCUGCAGGCCGACAUCGACCAGCUGGAGUCGGAGAAGGCCGAGCUGAAGCAGCGAAUCAACAGCCAAUCAAAGAUGACCAUCGACGGACUGAGAGGAACCAGCCCGUCAGGAAUCGCUUCCAUCGUCACAGGAAUAGCAGGAGAGGAACAAAAAGCCAACAUGAUGUCUGGUGUCGGUUCAGCAUCGGGCGUCCAGGUGAUCGACUCUCCUCUGCUGACUCAGCAGAUUGAAGCCCAGAGACUCUGCAUCAAACAGCUGAAGAACGAGAACAACAGACUGAAGGCCGAGAAGAUGCGCGCUCAGCUCGCCUCUUUGCCUCCUCUUCAUGUGACCAAACUUCCCUCCAGAGAUGGAGGGCGACCUGAAGUGCUCUCCAGCGCCCUCUACCGCAAGACUGACCAGCUCCUGGAGACUCUGCUGCAAAUGAGUGCCAACGUCAAGGUGGUGGACAUCACAGGGAAAUCUCCAGUGACACCCAGUGCUCAGCUCCUGGAACAGACGGCCCGGUUGCAGUCCCUGAGCGACACUCUGGGCAGACUGAAGGAUGAAGUGGCAGAACACGUCGUUAACCAGCAACCUGGAGCUCGAGUCUCGUCUGAUUUCGCGACGUUCCCUUCGACUUCGUUUGUUAAGGUGAAGGAGGAGAAGCAGGGCGACUCGGUGCUGGUGGGUCGGGUCAUGGUGCCGUGUCCCCGCGGUCAGGAGCAGCUCCACCGCCUUGUCCUGUCCCAGAGUCAGCUGCAGAGAGUUCACAGUCUGCUGCGGACCUAAACCUCUCCUGCCCUGCGAUCCUGCCCGCUGCACCGAUGCAGCAGCACAACCCCGCCGUCAUCAGCUUGGCAGCCUGGUUUCCACUCCAGGGCCAAACCACAAAGUUCAAAUCACUGGUGGUGAAACCACAACCUGCGGGAACUGAUCUCUGUGACAGUCAGGGUGAUAGUUUGAGACCAGUCUGAUCUCAAGAUCACUUUGGAUUUUAGACAUGUGGGACUCGUUUUGGUCUGUCUGGACAUGUGUCCGCUCUCCCUUGUCUUGGUUUCAGCCAUUUAGGAUGAGGUCUAAUCAGUCAGUCAGUCUACAGAAAAUUAACUGGAAACAAUUUUGAUAAAUAAUUAAUUGUUUCAGUCAUUUGUCGAGCAGUCAUUCACUGGCUGCUGCUUCUCAAAUGAGUUUUUAUUUGUCACACGUGACAGUACUGAAUAUUUUUGGACUUUUAGUUGAACAAAACAAGAAAUCUAAAGAUGCAAAUUAAGAUUUUGGGAAAUUUUUAUGGAUAUUUCUCAGUUUUUUAGCAUUUUAUCAACAAAAUAAUAAUUUGUAGGCCUAACGACAGACAUUUCUAAAGCAAAGUGACUUAAACCACGUUUCUUUGGUGUGUAACACUUAAUUUAAGACUUACACUAUCACUACCAAAUAUCUCCUCCUUCCUGAUGUGUCACGUUAUUGAUCAGAAAUCAAUAGCAAAGCUCAGUCUGCUUGGUUUCCAAAGAGACUUGGAUGAGACUGCUGUGCUCUUUGACUACAGGCCUGCAUGCUGUUAAUCACAGACUGGGUGAGACGAUCACGACUCCUUAUAACCUACAUUUUGUUUCAAGGCCAGAAAAAUGAGUAGAGACAUUUUGCACUGCUGCAUGCUGCCCAGAUUCCCUGUAGUUAUUUAUCCAACCCUUUGGCCCUGGUGUGGAACCUGCACCGUGCUGUACAUCAGGCCACAACACUGGAUGUCGCUUUUCGUUGCUAUGUUACGUCACUGGCGCCGCACAGGGUAAGGAUCACGACUGUGUGCUGUAAAUUUCAACCAGGUGUCACUGUUUUGUGCUCCAUUUUAAUAACUUAAAUGUCUAAAGGGAAAGAAGGAUAAUAUGAUUUGGAAGUUACACUGAAAAAAAUCAGAUUUAGUCCAUUUAAAGUAGUGAAAACUUCAGUUUCCUGUGGUUUGAUCAGUGAGACUUUUUGCACAUUUAACAAGUCUGAGUGACAGGAGGAACCACAGAGAACAAAAUCCUGCACAUUCACAGGGUGCAAACUUUGUUACUGCAGAGAUGCUGAUGACAAAAUGUCCUGAAGGGUCAAGUUACAUGAAAGCAAAAACUAAAGAAUGUGCUGAGGAUUUUGUAUUUUGCUCUGUGGUUUAAAUUAAAACCCUUGUGGACUGCACAGAACAAGAAAAGACGAUGAACCUCGAAAGGUUUACUGUGUAAAACUGUGUAAAACAGUUUAAAUUGUUGAGUAUUUAUUACACUUGUGCUGUAACUUCCUGUAAGCUUGUACAUGCUUGGUAUGAAUAACGCGCCAGCUGUAUUGGUAAAAGUACUGAAUUACAAAACCCCAGAAGUGACUGUUUGUCCUUUUGUUCUGCUGAGAUUCCCGUUGCUGUUUCAGACUUUGUCCGAGCCUUAAACCUGCAGAGAGCCUCGUGCAAAAGAGCAAACUCCUGCCUUAUCUUUGAUUUGUUUAGACCAAACCUCGUUUAAAGCAAAACUACAUCUUUGCCAAAGAAUCUUUGUUUCUCUUCACCACGUUUGCCACGGCUGACUUUAAGAGGCUUUGAGUUUAUUAAUCCAUGCUAAUUAUUUUAGUGAAUAAUUUGUUUGAGUUUAUUGUUUACAUAUUGUCAUGACUUGAAGUUUUAAUUUAUGAUUAAUUUAAUUGAGGGGCAUAUUGCAUCUACAUAACUGUAGUUCAAGAGGGGAGAUGCAGGUGUUUGUUAUUUAUUCACUCUGUUAUUUACUUGUUGUCUCAGUGAGCAGCUGAUGUACUGCAGCUUGUCUAACUCGUCUUACUCCUCGUGUGGCUUCCUGCUCUCGCACAACCGAUUACUGAUCAAUAAAGAAAUUAAAAGCCAGA